CAGCUCCUAUAGUUUAAUUGGAAAAACUCUGUACUCAACUCCUCGUGUACACCAAUUUGAAGGUGAAUGUAGAUAUUCACGAUGACCCCCUUUUCUUAUCCUGUCUGGCCUCAACUUUAUUGAGGAUGGAGCACUUGCUGGAAUGCCUGGCUGUGGAUUUUCCGGGCUGAAAGGAAUCGCAUUGUUAUCUGUGAUGCAUCAAGUCGACGCCGAGAUUUCGGCAGAUUGGAACACUGGCGACGGCGGAUUCAAAUGGCGGACCAACUGUGACUUCCCCGGUGACGACAUAGGACAAAUUCCUCUUACGAUUGCAACCAGAGAAGAGUGUGGUCGACUUUGUAUUGCCAAUCCGCAAUGCAGCCAUUUCGUCUUUGGUUAUUUGGAGAAUUGUUACAUGAAGAAGGCGCCAUCAAUGCCCCCUCGUCAAGAUAUCGAUUAUGAGAGUAUAGCCAUUUGUGGCUUCAUACCGUGGAGAUUGGGAUCUGAACCGGGGGGUGAUGACUGGAAAUCUAACAGCAGCAGCGGUAUUCAAAACUGUGAUUUUUAUGGCAACAACAGUUUAAUUUUGACGACAGAGUGCCGACAGGCUCAAGAUUGCUCCUUUUGGUAUGAACAAGUUCGUCCCACUGAAGGAUCAUCAGCCUGUAAAUUAGUAGAUGGAAGUUCAGGAUCAUGUUGCCCACAACUCCCUAAAAGAGUGGGCGUCGAGAAUUUGACAGAUUGGAACAUUGGCGACGGCGGAUUCAAAUGGCGGACCAACUGCGACUUUCCCGGUGACGAUAUAGGACAAAUUCCACUUUCGGUUGCAACCAGAGAAGAGUGUGGUCGACUUUGUAUUGCCAAUCCGCAAUGCAGCCAUUUUGUGUUUGGUUAUCUGGAGAAUUGUUAUAUGAAGAAGGCGCCAUCAACGAAAUCUCGUCAAGAUAUCGAUUAUGAGAGCACAGCCAUUUGUGGCAUCAUUCCCUGGAGGUUUGGAUCUGAAACAGGGAUUGAUGACUGGAAAUCUAUCAGCGGAAAUGGUACUCAUAACUGCGGUUUUCAUGGCAAUAACAGUUUAAUUUUGACGGAAGAGUGUCGACAGGCCAAAGAUUGCUCCUUUUGGUACGAACAGGUUCUUUCGACUAAUGGAUCAACAGCCUGUAAAUUAGUAGAUGGAAGUUCAGGAUCGUGUUGCCCACAACUCCCUAAAAGAAUGAUCGCCGAGAAUUUGACAGAUUGGAACCCUGGCGACGGUGGAUUCAAAUGGCGGACCAACUGUGACUUUUACCAUGACGAUAUAGGGCAAUUUCCUCUUACGGCUGCUCUCGGAAAAGAGUGUGGUCGAUUCUGUAUUGCUAACCCGCAAUGCAGCCAUUUUGCAUAUGGUUAUGGACAGAAUUGUUACAUGAAGAAGGCGCCAUCAAUGCCCCCUCGUCAAGAUAUCGAUUAUGAGGGUAAAGCAAUUUGUGGUUUCAUUCCCUGGAGAUUUGGAUCUGAACCGGGGAAAGAUGACUGGAGAUCCAUCAGCAGCAGCGGUGUUCGUAACUGCAGUUUUUAUGGCAACAACAGUUUGAUUUUGACGACAGAGUGCCGACAGGCUCUAGAUUGCUCGUUUUGGUAUGAACAAGUUCGUCCCACUGAAGGAUCAUCAGCCUGUAAAUUAGUAGAUGGAAGUUCAGGAUCGUGUUGCCCACAACUCCCUAAAAGAACCCAAUAUAUUAGAAUGAUUCCUGGUGGGAGUGAACGAAUAAUCGACGCGGGAACAACCCUCACGUUGACGUGCGUCUACGCCUUUGAAAACGAAAAUCAAAGGAAUACGUUCAAUUUUUCGUGGGAAAUUCCAGAUUACUUAUCCAAAAAUGCGGAAUUGAGUGACCUGGACAAUCGCCUUCGCAAAACGUUUGGAAGGAACGAGACCCACAUGACAUCGACGUUGUCUCUGGUCAACGCAAGAGCCAGAGACACUGGAGACUUUGGUUGUAGGGGUAUCCCUUACGGCUUUGCAAACACAUUUACAGUGAAUCAAUACGUCUAUGUAUUCAAUGAUACGGAACUUGUAAUAGUCGAGGCUAAUGAGUAUUACUUCGACAUUCCUCUCGGUAAAACUAAUUACCCUAUCAAUUGCAAAUCCAACAAUCCGGAUGUCAACGUUUCUCUCAUCUACCAACAAAAAUUUACAGCAAGAGCUAAAAACUUGUCGGAACCAAAAAGCGAUUUGCUGUCAGAUCCAAAUUCAAAUUGGUCUUUCGAAAUAAGAAAUGGACUAAAACUCAAGAAAGCGAAGAUUGACGACAAUGGCAUUUUCAAUUGCAUAGGGACCUAUGCAAAUAAGAAACAUACACGUGAUUUAUUUUUGUUUAUCGCUGGAAUGGAACUCGCAAGAAUUGAUGGCGUAGGUGACCCUUUGGAAGGAAGUAACGUUACUUUAAGCUGCCGAACUUACCAAUAUACCGCGUCCUCUACUCCACCAAAAUGGUCCUAUCAAAUUAACGGAAACGGAAAAAUGCAAAUAAUUGAUGAAAUUAAUCCACCUGAAGGUAUUCAAAUCAUAAAGGACAAAUUUGACUAUAGUAGUAAAACACUAUACGAAAAUAAACUUUACAUUUCCGACAUAAGUUCAAAUGCCUAUGCCUUUCAAUGCCAAGGAAGUGGAUUCACUGAAAAUAUUUCAUUUCGCGUUAAAGAAUUAAAUGGCGACUCUAAGCUUAAAUCUGUUCAACUUGAGAAGAAUAUCGCUCAAAACUUAACUUGCUUUCAAGGAGCUCAGAAUACUCGCAUCACAUGGUUUAAGGAUGGGAAAGAAUAUUCAGGACCAGUCUACUCUGACGGAACCUCUUCAACCUUACCGCUGCAAGGAAAGAUGGGUGAAAAUGGAAGUUACGCUUGUCAGUGGAAAGUCAGCUUUCCAGGUGAUAUGAAAUACAGAAAUUUCACGGUCUCUUACCUUGACAGAAUCCCAGAAAAUGUCGAGACCGUCGUCAUCGCCGUUUCUACAACAUUUGCCGUUUUACUUUUGGUACUAAUUGUCAUCGUUGGAGUUAAAUUUUAUUACGACAAGAACCAACGAGUUUCACAGGAAGCGUUAAUGAGAUUGCUGAAUGGAAAUGCCAAUCAAAUUAAUAACCAGUCACCAAUUGAAGACCAGGUAGAGUUCCUUCCCUAUGAUAGACGCUGGGAAUUUCCAAGAAGUCGACUGAAACUCGGAGGCCAGCUUGGAGUUGGGUGCUUUGGUCGUGUAGUCAAAGCGGAAGCAGUGGGACUCAAAGACUCUGAAGAAACUGUCAAAACAGUUGCCGUCAAAAUGGUUCGGUCGGAAGCCAACGUCACAGCAAUGGAAGCUCUCAUCAGUGAACUAAAAAUUCUCGUCUACUUAGGAUCGCACCUCAACGUCGUCAAUCUGCUGGGAGCCUGCACUAAGCAAAUGCACAAAGGAGAACUUUUAGUGAUCGUUGAAUAUUGUCGGUUCGGCAAUUUGCAAUCGUUUUUGAUAAACCACAGGAAGAACUUUGUUAAUUUGGUGGACGAAUUUGGGAACCUGAAAACGCAAGACGAAUUAGAAAGCCAUUUCACCAGGUCAAAAUGGGAAGAAAACUCAUCGCAAGUCAAGACGAGCGAUUCGCAAGCUGACGAUCAUCCUGGCGUGAAUUCAUCCUCUGAAUUUUUAGACGUCUCAAUUUCCAACCUACAAGAUCUGGACGGAAACUUAGAUCGGCCGAUUUCAACAACAGAUCUCAUUUCUUGGUCUUUUCAAAUAGCUCGAGGAAUGGACUACCUGGUUAGCAAAAAGGUCCUCCAUGGUGAUCUCGCCGCCCGAAAUAUUCUACUCGCUGCCGAUGGAGUUGCAAAAGUGGCUGACUUUGGAAUGGCGAAGAAAAUGUAUUACGAUGAAAAUUACGAAAAAGGAGGACGAGGUUUGAUGCCGGUGAAGUGGAUGGCGAUUGAAUCCUUGAUUGAUCGCAUCUUUUCCAGUCAAUCCGACGUUUGGUCGUACGGAGUUGUCCUCUGGGAAAUCUUUUCUUUGGGCCGAGUUCCAUAUCCUGGUAUGGACGUCGGUCACAUACUCAUGAAAGAAAUUCAAAAAGGAUAUCGGAUGGACAAACCGGAAUUGGCGCUCAAUUUCUUCGGUGAAAUGAUGGCCGAUUGCUGGAAAUCGGAUCCCAAGGAGAGGCCCACCUUCAGUCAAAUGGAGGAGACUAUCUGCAGCCACAUGGAGUCGUCGGUCAGCUCGGACUAUUUUAAUAUGAACGCGCCAUAUGCCAAGCUCAACGAAGAAAAGGAGAACGCAACGCCACAGGAUCAAUUUGGAUUGGCCAAGUUGCUGUCCAGAGAAAAGCCUGGAGUUCAAUCCAAGAGGGGCGCAACGGCACGAUAUUCGAUGUUUCCUAUGCGGUUUUCAAAAAGAGAUGCGGAUUCCAAUCUUUAGUCAAAGAGCGCUUAGAAAACUGUUAGUAAUAAUCAAUUAUUUAUAGGUACAGAGCAAUUCUCGCUAAUAUGAAAUCAUUGUGUUAUUUGCUUAUCAUUUGUUUGUUUUUUCCCUUUACGUGGGACGGUGGGAGAAGGGACAGCAGUUAUGUCUAAGUUAUCACUUUACAUAUUUUAAAAUUUACAGCUUUACACAGAUAUACAAUCGCUGACGUAAUUGAUUAUUCACGCUGCAGUAUUGUGUGCUUUAACUAUAAUAUUAUUUUUAAAUGUUUCAUCAACGGAAAAAUCGGUGUGAGGGUGGGUAACAAUAUGGUUGCGCAUUUUUGUGCCAAGAAAAGGGGGCGUUUGAAUCCUUCUCGACGUUUUUUUUUUUGUUUUGGUCAAAUUUUCUACGACUGUUUGUGUUUCACUUAAGUUUGUGAAGAAUUGUGAGCGUAGUUCUCAUAUUUUAUUGUAAAGCAGAUUAUUGUCUAUACGUACUGAUUCUUAAAUUUUAACAUGACAUAAUUAAUUCUGAAACUGUAUGUGAAAUUGAUGUUCAAAGUUUUGGCAAUAGUGUAUUUCUGGCUUUCUGCAAUAGUGCUUGACCGUUGCUUGUGAUGGACGUGGUGACAACCAGAGGUUGUGAUUUCUCAGACAUCUAAUGGAGCUGGAUCGAUUUCUUCUUCGAAAACUCUAAACUGAACGGAAAACUGGUCCGGAAACGUGCACUUGGCUGCAAUAGAAAUCAGAGAGAAAUAGCAGAACAAAACCAAAUGUGGUCGUUGUGUGUGAACAUUGGGUGUCGUGACUCCCCAUGCUUACCAUGCUCUACGUGACUCCACUCAUGCUGUUUCUAAGAUUUCAGGCCUGAGCCAGCCAUCGUAACCACAAGAUGUGCAAGUUUUCAUACUGACCUGUCAUCAUCAAUGAUCUCAGCAUCAUCAAUUAGGUUAUGGUAUUGGUAUUGGUAACUUUUGUUAACCUGUGGCUUGCCAUAUAUUUUAAUGGUGCCUGAAACUAAAAGGGUAUUGCACGUAAACCUUAAGUAAUCCUGAUUUUAACAUAUCCACUGUCUUCUUUCUAACUUGUCCUUACUUGUUGUCUAUGCGAUAUUUUUUUUGUAACUCAUUUUUUUUAAUUUUUCUUUAGAUAAACAGCUCCUAGCUUAAUUGGGAAAACUCUGUCCUGCCUGGCGUCAACUUUGCAGAGGAUGGAGCACUUGUGGGGAUGCCUGGCUGUGGAUUUCCUGGGCUCAAAGUGUUACUUUGCUGUUGCGGUUGAUGGGCACGGCAGAGUUUUCGCGUAACAAAAUGUGAAUAACGACACGGCGUGCCGAUCAGCUUCGGAUUUCCCGCGACCUUGUGUGAUUGGCCUUUGAUGAACUCGCAAGAGACUCCCGAAUACCGUGCCCACACACUUGCACAGCUGCUGGAACGUGAAGUUGCAAACUUGCCAAGGCGUAAAGAUGAUGACUGAUUUGAGCCUAAUCAAAUAAUUCGCAACUGCUUUUUUAAGAAAACUGAUCGAAUCACUGGUCUGGAAAGACGUACCUGGCUGGGCUGCAAGAGAAAUAGCAGAACAAAAUCAAACGUGGUCGUGGUGUGAAUUUUGGUGUCCUGUCGUUGACUCCCCAUGCUCUUCAGCUGUUUCUCAGAUUUCAGGCCUGAACCAGCCAUUGUAACCACAAGAUGUGCAAGUUUUGAUACAGACUUCCAUCAUCAACGAUCUCAGCAUCAUCAAUUGGAUUAACAGCUCCCAGUUUAAUUGGAAAAACUCUGUCCUCGUGUAACCCAAUAUGUGUUAAGGCGAGUGUAUAUUCAACCCCCUUUUCCUAUCCUGCCUGGCGUCAACUUGACUGAGGAUGGAGCAUUUGUGGAUGCCUGGCUGUGGAUUUCCCGGGCUCAAAGAUGAACUCGCUACCGUCUCUCGUGAGUCCCGUGCCUGCACAGCUUCUGAUAACUGAACAGAUCACUGGUCUGGAAAUGUGUACCUGGCUGCAAGAGAAAUCAGAAAGAAAUAGCAGAACAAAAUCAAAUGUGGUCGUCGUGUGAUCUUUGGUGUCGUAUGUUCUCCAUUCCAUGCUGUUUUUUAGAUUUCAGGUCUGAGCUAGCCAUCAUAACCACAAUAUGGGCAAUUUCUGAUACUGCAGUCUGUCAAUAGCAACCAUCUCAGAAUCAUCAAUUGGAUAAGCAGCUCCCAGUUUAAUUGGAACAAAUCGGUUCUUGUGUACACCCAAUGUGUGAAGGCGAGUGUACAUUCACGAUGACCCCCUUUUCCUAUCCUGCCUGGCGUCAACUUUACUGAGGAUGAAGUACUUUAUGGAUACCUGGCUUUGGAUUGUGGAUGCCUGGCUGUGGAUUCCCCGGGCUCAAAGAUACACUCCUAGAUAAACAGCCCUCAGAUUAAUUGGAAAAAAUCUGUUCUCGUGUACACCCAAUGUGUUAAGGCGAGUGUGUAUCUUCACGAUGAACCCCCCUUUCCUAUCCUGCCUGGGGUCAACUUUACUGAGGAUGAAGCACUUUGUGGAUGCCUGGCUGUGGAUUUCCCGGGCUCUAAGGUAGGACAAAUGUCUCUCUAUUCUUCCUUUUUUUUUUAACUUUUUGGUGGUGUUGGUUAUGAAACGUUACGGAGUACGAUUAUUCCUGAGUUAAGACGGUUGACAGCAAUUUUUCUCUUGCCGUUUCUGUUAUCUCAAUCAGGGUUAAUUUAUUUAACUCAUUUGUAGAGCGACUGCACAACAGGCUUGUU